AUGGUGGAGCAGAAAGUGAAGGUGGCAGAGAGUCAGGAGGCCUGGUACUUUGUGCUGGAUUUUGAGACUGGCAUGCUGCAGUAUUUUGUGAAUGAACAGAGCAAACACCAGAAGCCACGAGGAGUGCUGUCUUUAUCUGGAGCCAUUGUGUCUCUGAGCGACGAAGCUCCCCACAUGCUGGUUGUGUACGCUGCCAGUGGAGAGAUGUACAAGCUGAGAGCUGCUGAUGCAAAAGAGAAACAGUUUUGGGUGACUCAGCUUCGAGCUUGUGCCAAAUUCCACAUGGAAAUGAAUUCGAAGAGUACUCCAAGCUCCCGGAGCCGAAGUCUCACUUUGCUCCCCCAUGGAACACCCAAUUCUGCGUCUCCCUGUAGCCAGAGACACUUCAGUGCGGGGGCCCCCGGUGUUGUCACAAUCACGCAUCACAAGUCGCCUGCAGCUGCUCGAAGAGCCAAGAGUCAGUAUUCCGGCCAGCUUCACGAAGUCAGAGAGAUGAUGAACCAGGUGGAAGGGCAGCAGAAGAACCUUGUGCGUGCCAUCGAGUCCCUGCCAGGCUCCGGCCCCCUCACUGCCUUGGAUCAGGACCUGCUGCUCCUGAAAGCUACCUCCGCUGCCACCCUUAGCUGCCUUGGGGAGUGCCUCAGCCUGUUGCAGCAGAGCGUGCGCCAGGCAGGUCCACCCAACCACAAGCCUGGUGCCUCAGAAAACAUCCUGGGAUGGCACGGGCCCAAGUCACACUCUGCAGAACAGCUGAAAAAUGGGACUCUUGGUUCUUUGCCAUCAGCCAGUGCCAACAUAACCUGGGCACUUUUACCAAACUCUGCCGAAGAGGAGUCCACCUCCCAACCAGAGCCAGAGCCAGAGCCAAACUCAGACCGUGAAUUGGUUUUGUCGGAAGAUGAAAAAAGUGACAAUGAAGACACGGAAGAGACAGAGUUGGGCGUCAUGGAGGAUCAGCGCAGUGUAAUUCUUCAUCUCAUUUCACAACUCAAACUUGGGAUGGAUCUGACCAAGGUGGUGCUCCCCACAUUCAUUCUGGAGAAGCGGUCUCUGCUGGAGAUGUAUGCUGACUUUAUGGCACACCCUGACCUGCUGCUGGCUGUGGCUGCUGGCGCCACACCAGAAGAGAGGGCCAUUGGCUUCGUCGAGUAUUAUCUCACAGCCUUCCAUGAGGGCCGCAAGGGGGCCUUGGCCAAGAAGCCCUACAACCCCAUCAUUGGUGAGACGUUUCAUUGCUCCUGGGAAGUUCCCAAGGACAAGGUCAAAUCCAAGAGGACUGCUGCCCCCACUCCCACAGACUGCCAAGAACACCCGGUAGCCGAUGACCCUUCCAAAAGCUACAAACUCAGGUUUGUAGCUGAACAAGUUUCCCAUCACCCACCCAUCUCCUGCUUCUACUGUGAGUGCAAGGAGAAGAGACUAUGCAUCAACACUCACGUAUGGACCAAAAGCAAGUUCAUGGGCAUGUCCGUGGGGGUCUCUAUGAUCGGGGAAGGUGUGCUGAGUCUUCUGGAAUAUGGAGAAGAGUAUGUUUUCACCCUGCCCAGUGCCUACGCCCGAUCCAUCCUCACCAUCCCAUGGGUGGAGCUGGGAGGGAAGGUCAGCAUCAGCUGUGCCAAGACGGGCUACUCUGCCACGGUGACUUUCCACACAAAGCCCUUCUACGGGGGGAAGGUCCACAGGGUCACGGCAGAGGUGAAGCACUGCCCCACCAACACCAUUGUCUGUAAGGCCCACGGGGAAUGGAAUGGCACCUUGGAGUUCACCUACAGCAAUGGGGAGACCAAAGUCAUCGACACAACAGCCCUUCCUGUGUACCCAAAGAAGAUAAGGCCCCUCCAGAAACAGGGACCCAUGGAGUCCAGGAACCUCUGGCAGGAGGUGACCCGAAACCUACGAUUAGGGGACAUUGAGGCUGCCACCGAGCAGAAGCGGCGCCUGGAGGAGAAGCAGCGCGUGGAGGAGCGGAAGCGGGAGAGCCUGCGGGUGCCCUGGCAGCCCAGAUACUUCACCCAGGAGGGUGAUGGCUGGGUUUACUUCAACCCUCUCUGGAAGGCACACUGAUGAAGUGGCAGUGCACGGCUUUCCUACACAACCCUGUUUUUGUAGAAAUUAAAGUGGUACAGUCCUGCGGUUCUGUUGGCAUUCACUGUGACCUCGUUAGCGUUGGGAGAAAUGGUAACAGCAAAAUUGUAUACUGUGAAAAACACACCUGCAGACUCUGCUAGAGGAUUAACUGUACACGAGAGCCAUUUGGGAUGUGUCCACAGUGUUCACACACAACACAGUGGACACACAUCUGUGUUGUUACACACAUGGAUACUGCACUCACCAAGAUUUAAUGGGUAACCCAUGAGCUCCUUUUUUUUUAUCAAUGAGGGUUGAAAUUUUUUCUAUUUUCCACUUUGCCAAACAAAAAACACUAAAA